ACGGAUGUCCUUUCUCGACCAUUUGCUUCGCUGUCUCCGCAACUUGAAAGACCCAAAUUUAGAACGAGUCUGACUUUCAGCAUUCUGGUCUCACUGUUUUUUCUUAUCUGCUAAGGUAUCUGUUUGAUUCUUUUAUCUAAAAAUUUUGGGGGAAACAAGAAGAAUAAAAGAUGAAGUGGCUGCCGAGGUCUCCAAUGAAGAGGUUACAUGUGAAGGUGAAACAUUUGAAGCUUGAAGGGCUAAGCAGAAAUGAGGAAGAAGAUGAAGGAGUUAAUAAGAAAAUGGUGUUGGUUGAAAUGGUAUGGAAAGGACCCAAGUCUGGGUUGGUUCCGUUUUAUAAAUCAUCUUCAAGUCAUAAAAGGAAUCGUAGCAGUCAGAGAAUUUUGGGAAAUGGUAAGUCAAUUGAAUGGGAUGAUGAAUUUGACAGGUUAUGCGAUUUUUCAGUUGCUUCCAUAGAUCGUGCUUCUGGUUCUUGGGAUGCUUUGUUCAAUGUCUUACAUGGAAAGAAAUGUGAAAAAAAGAGUAAAUUGAGAGUGGUCGGGAAAGUUUCGUUGGAUUUGGCAGAGCUGGUUUCGGAAAUGGAAUGUUCUGAGAUUGAAAGAAAGCUUCCGAUCACGUUGAACAUUGAUGGUGUGGUCAUUGAAGUUACUCUUGUGAUUUUAGUGAGCUUUGCCGAGGUCAGAGGUCCUCCAGACAUGGCAGGAGGUGUCCAAAACUCAGCCGAGUCAAACAAGGAAGAUGGGUUGUUUAAAAUGGUGAAGGAGUUAACACGCCACAAUAAGAAAAAGAACAGCUGUCAAAAGGAUCAACUAAAUUCCUGUGAGUCGGACGAGUCACUCGUAUUUGACUCAGAUGGCUUGCAUGGGAAUGCGUCCACCACAUGUGGAAGUAGCAGCAGCGAGCUGAGUUUAGGACCUGAGUUGGAAUCGUCCCAAAGUUUGGAAACUCAGUUGGAACCGACCCAGAACCACAUGGGAAGGCUGUUCUCAUGGAAGAAAAGACGGUUGAGUUUUAGAUCGUCGAGGAAGAAAACAGAGUCGUUGAUUAAAAAGACUAGUGAAAGUAAUGAAUUUGAUGCUUGCCAACACCCUCAGAGCUGUUCUGUCGUUGAAUCCCAGGAUGGAAAUUGCUGGGAACUGAAAGAAUUAGUCAGUAGAGAUGGAGAAGCAAGGCUGAACGCUAAUGUGUUCUUUGCUUCGUUUGACCAACGAAGUGAGAGAGCCGCUGGGGAAAGUGCCUGCACGGCAUUGGUCGCAGUCGUUGCCCAUUGGCUCCAUUCAAACCAGGACUUAAUGCCAACGAGACUUGAUUUUGAUAGCCUCAUAACCAAAGGUUCAUUAGAAUGGCGUAAACUUUGUGACAACAUAGAUUAUACCAAUUCCUUCCCUGAUAAACAUUUUGAUCUGGAGACUGUUUUGCAAGCUGAUCUCAGACCUAUUACAGUCUUGCAAGACAAAUCUUUUACUGGGUUUUUUAGCCCUGAAAAGUUUGAGUGUUUAAAGGGUGCCAUGUCUUUUGAUGAGAUAUGGAAUGAAAUCAGUAAUAGCAACACAAAUGAUUAUAAUCAGCCGAGGGUUUACAUAGUCAGCUGGAACGAUCAUUUCUUUGUGUUGAAAGUUGAAUCAAACGCGUAUUACAUCAUUGAUUCUUUGGGUGAGCGGCUAUUUGAAGGGUGUAACCAGGCAUACAUAUUGAAAUUCGAUGAGUCGAGUUUGAUGUAUGGGAACGUGGCAAGAGAAGAGCCAGGCGAUUCACAGAGGAAGGAGGAAAGUGAAGAAGAAAUCAUUUGCAAUGGGAAAGAGUGUUGCAAAGAGUAUAUUAAGAGAUUUCUCGCCGCUAUACCAGUUGGGGAGCUUGAGGAGGAAGAGAAAAAGGGCACAGCUUCUACAUUCUCUCUUCACCAGCGACUGCAGAUUGAUUUUCAUUAUAGCUCUUCUUCCUUGACCUCCCCCUACUCUCUCCUCUGCAACUGACUUCCUUUUGUAAAGCAAAAGAGUGCUUCUGACUUGGAUAGAUAAAUUUUACACUAGUUUCGUUUUAAUUAUUGUUCA